AGCGCGCGGCUCGAGGGUGCCAGCCCGCGCGCGCCAGGCGCCGCCGCCAUGGAGCCCAGCCGUGGCCUCCGCCGCGGGCCGACGGCGGAGAUCGACAUCCACAAGUGUGCCCAGGCCCUGGCAGUGCAGGACGACGACCCAGACGUGCCGAAGCUGCCAGGUUUCAAAGGGAUCCCGAACUGGAGCGCCUACUCGCCGCCGAAGAGCGGCAGCCGCCCGACCCCAGAGCAGUAUAUGAUGUUCGACGCCACGUUCAAGGCUAAGCAGGACUUCACGGGCGGCAUGCGCAUCAGCCAGAAGAGGAUGGAGGCGGUCUGGGACGAGAUGCACCACGCCAAGUUCGUGGACCAGUACCGCGAGCAGAAGGGCAGGAAGCCGACCAGCAACGCGCUGGCAGGGCACAGGUUUUUGCAGUGCAGGGCGCUGCGCAUCGGCUUCGUUCACUGGCAGAGGGCCCUCCUGGCGACGAUGGAGCAGAUGGACACGCAGGUCGAAGUCUCCGACGGUGACGAAGUCGAGAGUGUAGACGACAGUGUGCUCGGCGAGCACCUCCGCCAGUCCCUGGAGUUGCCUGAAGACGAUGCAGUCGACCAGAAGAUGAUCGAGAUCGUCGCGGCCCUCGAGGAUGGCACCCAGAUCGUCGACGCGGGGGAGGAUGGCACCAAGAUCGUCGACGCGGCCCUCGAGGAUGGCACCCAGAUCGUCGACGCGGCCCUCGAGGAUGACACCCAGAUCGACGCCGACGCGGCCCUCGAGGAUGACACCCAGAUCGACGCGGCCAUCGAGGAUGACACCCAGCAGAUCGACGCGGCCCUCGAGGAUGACACGCAGCAGAUCGACGCGGCGCUCGAGGAUGACACCCAGCAGAUCGACGCGGACAUCGAGGAUGACACCCAGAUCUCGAAUACGAACGCCCAGGCCGACAGCGCAUGGAUGGCCCCGUGCACAGCGUCGAGUCCGAAUGGCCGCAUCCCGUUCUUGAGGACGAUCAAGGGCAUCACGAUGCGCAAGCGGCCCAAAAAGGAGAAGAAGAAAAAGAAGUCCACGAAGAAGAAGAAGCUGGUGAAGGUCGAGGAUGCCGAGACGCAGGAUCAUGAUGAACUGGUGGCGAUCCCUGUGGGCCUGGGGAAGAAGGAUAAGAAGGAGGUGCCCGUCGCCAAGAAGAAGGAGGUGCCCGACGCCAAGAAGAAGGAGGUGCCCGUCGCUAAGAAGGAGGUGCCCGACGCCAAGAAGGAGGUGCCCGACGCCAAGAAGGAGGUGCCCGUCGCCAAGGAGGUGCCAGUCGCCAAGAAGGAGGUGCCCGUCGCCAAGAAGGAGGUGCCAGUCGCCAAGAAGGAGGUGCCCGUCGCCAAGAAGGAGGUGCCCGUCGCCAAGAAGGUGCCCGUCGCCAAGAAAGUGCCCGUCGCCAAGAAGGUGCCCGUCGCCAAGCAGCAGGUCACCAAGAGGCCAGCCGCCAAGAGGCCGGCGGCCGCCUCGCCCGCCAAGAAGGCCAAGGAGGAGGACGGCGCAGACUGCGCAGAGGAGGGUGCUGGCCCAGAGGGCGCAGAGGACGCAGAGGAGGGCGAGGAGGAGGCCGCUGAGGUGGUCACGCAGAUCGAGGAUGAGGAUCCCAUGCACGCGUGCUUCCAGACGGACGGCGGCGAGAUGGCCAGGAUCAAGUACCUGCGCCGCGACAGCGAGGGCUACAGCACGCUGGCGUACCAGCGUUCGUCCGACGCUCCGAAGUGGCUGCAGCUCGUGCAGGUUGGCGACAGGACCUUCUCGGAGGUUCUGGUGACGAAGACCGACCGCCGCGAGCUCAGCGACAAGCUCAUCAGGGGCAUCUUCAAUCAGAUCGUCAAGGAGAGGACGAUCGACAAAGACAAGAUCAAGGCGAUCAAGUGCCAGAUCUUCGCCGACAUGAAGUCGUAG